GCUAGCUGGUAGUGUUUCGCGACGCUUCAGUUCGUUGGAGCUCAAAUCAUACCGUUAACGCCCAUUAAAAGGAUACGCGCGCACGUGAUUGAAUCAAACAACUCCAUAUAAUUGGAUAUGUGUGUAGAUGUAUAAAGGAUUAAACUAAGUGAUCUAGUGUCAGUGUCUGUCCAAUGCGAUAAGGACCUUAUUAAUAUGUAGUGAAAUCGAAGACUCUAAAAAAUAUAUAGAAUAUUAAAAAGUUUCUUAUUAAGAAAAUAUCAAGAGAACAAGGCAUGAAGAUACCAUUAGCAUUAUUGUGCCUUUGUAGCACAGUAUGGGCUAGCACACAACCAAUCUCCAUUCCAGACUGCAUACUAGCUGCGUCAGGCGGUUAUGCUUAUCCACCGCCAAAAGUACAGCUUUCAGUGACUCCAGCUAGAACUGCAUAUAAAUUGUCGAGUCAGUCAGAUGGCGGCUACGGUCUCAACGUUGAUACGGUAAAAUCAUCCCAAUCAUAUUACGAAAGUGAAGUUGGUGAAAAACUGCUCCAAAUAUCCACAAAUGCUGCAACGAAUGAGGGUGGUAUUACAUAUGCAGAUCAACCACUCAAAACGCCGAGUAUUUUACAACCACAACUUGCUAUUUCCAAAACCGUUCUUCUACCGCCAAAGGUGGAAAGAACUUCGAAUGCAUACUUACCGCCGCCAGUCGCUAAUGUCGAGUCAAAACUAGCAUUUACUUCACCGGGUCUAUUAAAAUCAUAUCCCGCAAUACCCAAUAUAAAUUUACAAAGUUUACCAAGGCCAACUUUCUCAAAAGGUGCUCAAUAUGAGUCAUCCGGCUACUCUUACUAUCAAUCCAGCCCAACGAUUUCGAAAACGACCGCAUAUGUUAAUCCACUACAAGCAUAUGCACCCGCAAUAUCAUACAGCGCUCCAUACACACAAAAGUUAGGAAAUACCUUAUCCUCGGUGUCAUUAACGAAAUUGGAGGGUAAUUUAUUGGCCGAUAGAGCGCCCACUCCACUUGGCUCUUAUUCGUAUGCACCGAAUCUAGCAAGCACAUAUAUUUCAAGCGCUCCUGCUUCACAGUACACAGGAUAUGGGUCGGGUCUGAAAUCAGGAGGAUAUCAAUCCCAAUAUCUGACAUCCAGUGCAGGUUUCUCAAAGUACGGAACGAGUGGCGGCUAUUCGCAUCAACAGGUCUCACAGCCAGUGCAAUCUACAUCCUAUGUAACUGGAAUAGGCGCACCAACUAUUGCACAAUAUCCCACCGCUGGUGCUACUCUAAGUGUUGGCAGCAGUAUUGCCUCAAGACCUCUACAAUCUGUUGGCUAUAUUAGUCCUGGUGUACAGAAGGUGGCCUCUAUAGCAACACCAUUAGUAACGCCGGCAGUGACUCCGGUAGGUUACGCAACCCCAUCCAUUUCAUCUAUUCAUGCGGGAUCUCAAUCUGUAAAAUAUUCUGCUGGCGGUGCCGUUUCGCAUCAGUAUGUCUCGAAGCCAGUACAGACUGUAAGUUAUCCUGCUGCAUCAGUAGCUAAAAUCGCGCCUGUUAACAUUCCGGUUCUUAGUAAAGUUGAAACUUAUGCCACGCCCGCUAUUACGCAAUAUUCCUCUGGCUUGGGAGUUUCUAAAUAUGGCAGCUAUGCAGCACCCACCAUUACGCAGUAUACUUCGGGUCAAGGAAUUUCCAGCGGCGCUAUUUCCCAUCAACAAGUCGUUAGACCGGCGCAAACAUUGACAUAUCGUGCACCGGCAACACCCAAAAUUGCUGUCAUUAAACCGAUUUUACAACCAGCUCUACCAGCAAUUCCUACGGGUGCUCAAUCUAUCAAAUAUGGAGGCAGUGGUGCGGUUUCCCAUCAAUACGUGUCGAAACCCUUAAAUAUUGUAAAUUACGCCACAUCACCAGUGGCUAAGGUGUCACCCGUUGCUGUUCCAGCCAUUGCAGUCCCCACUCUCACUCAAUAUCCAACCGGUCAAGGGUUAUCUAAAUCUAUAAGUUAUGCAACUCCAGCUGUGACAUCUAUUAGCGGUGGCAAUUAUGCUUCCUAUGGCGCAUCUGGUGCUAUAUCGCACCAGCACGUUUCUAAGCCUAUACAAUCAGUGACUUAUUCAGCGCCUUCUAUAACUAAAAUCGCAGCACCAGCACCAGUAGUAACACCUGCUUUGACGCAAUACACUUCGGGCUCUGGAUUAACUUCAAUUCAUGCAGGUACGCAGUCGGUCAAAUACGAUAGUGGAGGUGCCAUUUCGCAUCAGUAUGUAUCCAAACCAUUGCAAGCAGUGAGCUAUGCAACUGCUCCGAUUGCAAAAGUACCUACCCUCGCAAUUCCAACAGUAGCUAAAGUGGCCACUUACGCGACUCCGGCAGUUACGCAAUAUUCAUCCGGACAUGGCAUAUCAAGCGGAGCAAUUUCGCAUCAGUACGUUUCGAAACCCAUCCAACCUUUAACCUAUUCAGCUCCGGUUACUGGGAAGGUUGCUGCUGUGACAGCAUCUGUUACCCCUAUUGUAACCCAAUAUCCUUCAGGCUCUGGCCUAUCAUCGAUACAUUCCGGAUUGCAGUCUAUUAAAUAUGGAAGCAGUGGUUCGAUUUCCCAGCAUGGUACCUACGCUACGGUUCCAGCCGCUUCCGCCAUUUACUCAGGUGGAGCUGUAUCACAGCAGCAUGUGUCGACACCCUUGACAUAUGCAGCUCCCGCAAUAACUAAAGUUGCUAGCGUUACACCUAUUGCAUCGCCGGCUCUCACCCAAUACACUUUGGGCUCAGGAUUAAGUUCUAUACAGUCGGGAUCACAGUCAGUGAAAUAUGCUAGUGGUGGUGCAGUAUCACAUCAGUAUGUAUCCAAGCCUGUACAAACUGUAAGUUAUGCUUCCGCACCUGUAGCAAAAGUAGCCACAGUCGCUGCUCCUGCCAUUGCUAUUCCCGCUAUUUCAAAAGUGGGCGUUUACGCUGCACCUACGGUCACACAAUAUUCUUCAGGCCUCGGAAUCUCAAGUGGAGCUAUUUCUCAUCAGCAUGUUUCCAAGCCUUUGCAGCCGCUGACUUAUGCGGCCCCUGCCAUAACGAAAGUCGCCGCCGUCGCACCUGUUUUAACGCCGGCUCUCACCCAAUACACUUCGGGCUCAGGAUUAAGUUCUAUACAGUCGGGAUCACAGUCAGUGAAAUAUGCUAGUGCUGGUGCAGUAUCUCAUCAGUAUGUAUCCAAGCCUGUACAAACUGUAAGUUAUGCUUCCGCACCUGUAGCCAAAGUAGCCACAGUCGCUGCUCCUGCCAUUGCUGUUCCCGCUAUUUCAAAGGUAGGAGUCUACGCUACACCAGCGGUCACCACUCAAUAUUCUUCAGGUCUUGGAAUCUCAAGUGGAGCUAUUUCACAUCAACAUGUUUCCAAGCCCUUACAACCGCUGCCUUAUGCGACCCCUGUAAUAUCUAAAGUCGCCGCAGUGGCACCUGUUGUAACGCCUGCUCUCACCCAAUACACUUCAGGCUCAGGAUUAAGUGCUAUACAUUCUGGAUCACAGUCAGUGAAAUAUGCUGGUGGUGGCGCAGUGUCACACCAGUAUGUAUCGAAUCCGAUAGCCAAAGUAGCAGCAGUUGCUGUGCCCUCCGUUGCUAAGGUGGGUGUCUACGCUGCACCUACAAUUACACAAUAUUCUUCCGGACUGGGAAUUUCAAAAGGUGGCUACAACUACGCUACAGCUCCGGCUGCUGCAACCAUACAAUUUGCAAAUCCGUCUAUUAAAUCGAUUCAGGCGGGUUCGCAAUCUAUCAACUAUGCUAGUGGAGGCGCUAUUUCACACCAACAAGUUUCAAAGCCCGCACAAUCGCUCCUCUUCGCUACACAAGCUGCAACGCUGACAACCCCCGCUAAAGGUUAUCUAGCGCCUGCACUGGGUAUAGCAAAAUCGUCAACAUAUCCAGCUCCCGGCUUAACCUCUAUCCAGUCAAGCACUGGUUAUGCACAAUAUGGUUCCAGUGGCUCAGUUUCACACCAAUAUGUCUCCAGGAAACCCGUACUACAAUCUGGGUCUAGCGUCACGAUAAGCAACUUAAACGCCGCACCAGCCGCCGCGACUGUGGUAACUAGUCCUGCGAUAGCAAAAGUUGCAACAUAUGCCGCACCAGCCUUAUCAUCAUCGAUUCAUACAAGUACUGGCCUAGGUGGAUUAUCCACAAGCGGUGCGAUAUCGCAUCAAUACUCCGGUGUAUCCUCUAAAUCAGGUAUAGCUGCAUAUUCAGCACUAACUUCACCGGGCAGUAUAGGUUUGGGUAAAUACAUAUCCAAUGGCGCGAUCCUUCAACAGCAGUCAAUUCCAAUCGCAACCGGUUUGGCAAAUUCACUUUCUGGCAAAUCUAGCUACAGUUAUUCCGCUUCAGCACCGCUUAUAUCAACUGGCUAUUCCACCGCUCCCUUAGCGCACGGUUCAUAUUACGGAGCGAUCGCUUUAGGACACACCGGUCUGUCACCGAUUUUGAAACUAGGUGGUUCGGGACAAACUGCUUUGCAUGGGCUCGGUGGCAAUUUGGGUAUUUCAACGUUAAAAUUGGACACCCAACCAGCUUUACCACUCUUGAGGGGCCAAGGUGAAUUACUUAAUGGCUAUGCGCAUGGAAUCGGAGGCAUUGGACCGUUAGGCGGCGGACUCUACAGAUAUGCACCAGCAGUGUCACCUUUGCUGACGCAGAGCGCAAGUCCUACUGCGUAUUUAAGAGCUCAACCUAGACUCAAAAUACAGCCAGCUGUUAUUAAAACGAUUCCAGAAAAACACUACGAACAUUAUAGUGAUAAUGCCAGAUACGCCUUUGAAUAUGGUGUAAACGAUCCUUAUACUGGCGAUAUAAAACAUCAAAAGGAGGAGCGCGAUGGUGAUGUUGUAAAAGGUGAAUACUCUCUGGUGGAACCCGAUGGUAAUGUUCGCACAGUCAAAUACUAUGCCGAUUGGGAGACUGGAUUCCAUGCUGAAGUCAUUAAUAGUCGAGAUUCCGGAAAAUUAGUCACAAAACGGAGUUCACCGAAAUCGUGAAUAAUUGUUAAGAUAAAUGAAUGAAAUUUUAGUUAAAUACACUCAUCAUCACUUGUAUCAUCUUUUACGUAUUUGUAGUUAGUUUAAAGGAGAUAUGAAAGGACUUUACAGCGCAUAUCAUUUACAUAUUCAUAACUUAUGUAUGUAUGUACAUAUAGUAUAUAAAACCAGAUAUUUAUCGCCAUAUUUUUUCUUCGUGUCUUGUUAUGUAAUCCCAUAAACCCACACAAAUAAAAUCGAGA